UGAUGAAAUAAGAAAAAAAUUGUGACAUUUCCCAGCCGGAUUUUCAGGGAGAGAAAAUCUUUUUAUUCCUCAAAAAUGGACACGAGCAGCUUAUCGGCAUCACAGAAGGAUGACCUGAUGGAUCAGGUGAAACAGCAAGUAGCUGUUGCCCAUGCACAGGAACUCCUUGGAAAAAUGACUGAAAAAUGCUUUAGGAAGUGUGUUAAUAAGCCAGGAACUUCCCUAGAUUCCUCAGAACAAAAAUGCAUUGCUAUGUGCAUGGAUCGCUAUAUGGACUCAUGGAACCUAAUUUCCCGCACCUACGCUUCAAGACUACAGAGGGAAAGAAGCAAUAUGUAAUUAAGAGCCUAGAAAACGGACGAAUUUUCCCAAAGAAAAUGUUAGCUGGUUCAUUUUUUGCAUUUUCUUUCUGUAUCAUUUAUUAUAGUAAAUACAAAUCGUUGCAUAAUGGUAAA